AUGGUCGGAAGUCGACUUCGCCGUUAUUGGCGAAACUGGCAGACACUUUGCCAAGAUCCGUUUGUCACGUCGAUCUUGAAGACAGGGUAUCGUCUGCAAUUGUCUGCCAUCCCUCCAUUGACCACUUCACCUCGAGAACCGCGGCAUUCCGUUGCGCAAAUCAAGGUUCUACAGGAGUCCGUCAACAAGCUGGUGGAGAAGGGAGCCGUUCGCAGCAUUUCGGAAGUACAAUUAACACCCGGAUUUUACUCGGACAUCUUUCUCGUACCAAAGAAAGAUUCUCCAGAGCUGCGAAUGAUUCACAACUUGGCGGUCUUCAACGACCGCUAUCUGUCUCCUCCUCCGACCUUCAAGAUGUUAACGUUGCGAGAUAUCAUAGCCGUGAUCAGACCGGGGGAUUGGCUUGCCUCGCUAGAUCUCAAGGACGCCUACCUGCACGUUCCGAUGCAUGCCGAUUUCCAUCACUACCUACGGUUUGUGCUACAGGGUCGGCAUUACGAAUGGAAAGUCCUGCCCUUUGGGAUAUCCAUAGCGCCAUGGCUGUUCACCAGAAUCACGACUCCGAUGUCACGCUUCCUGCAUCGCAGAGGUAUAUCCUUUUACCCAUACCUCGACGAUUGCCUGAUGAGGUGUCACAGCAAGACAGGGCUGACUGCACAUGUUGCCUUCAUCAUGGACUUUCUCAAGCAGCUGGGUUGGAUUAUCAACAUCGAGAAAUCUCGACUGGCUCCCACACAGUCUCUACAGUUCAUAGGCGCUUGGCUUCGACCCGACCUGGGCCUCGUUCAAGUUCCCUUAGACCGUUGGGAGAAGAUCCAGACCAUGAUUGUCAUAGCCCUCACCGCUCCAAUGACCUUCCGCGGUUGGCAGAGUCUCCUGGGUCUCCUCACUUCUGCCCAGGAUUUGACACUCAGAGGUCGUCUCCAGUUGCGGCGCUUGCAGAUGUUUCUCAACCCGUUUGUUCGUUUCAACAAUCCGGACUUGAUCAUCUCACUUCCAGACGAUCUACGCUCCAGCCUGCAGUGGUGGCAGCUCCGAUCGAACGUCUUAGAAGGUGUCUCUAUGCGGGCCUUCAUAGCCACUCAUCACCUAUUCGUCGACGCGUCACUGGAAGGUUGGGGAGCCCAUCUAAGCAACCAGACUACUUCAGGGCUGUGGUCUCCCGUCGAACUCGGACUCCACAUCAACCUGUUAGAGUUGUUGGCAGUCUACUACGCUAUCCUUCAUUGGCGACAGAUGUUGACGGAAGCCUCUCUCAUGGUGGCCACAGACAGUACGACCGCGGCGGCUUACAUCAAUCGAAUGCUGAUGGUCGGUUGCGGGUGUGGCGUAGGCGUGGAGAACGUUACCACAAUGACUGCCUUGUCCAGACGGAUCGAUGAGGUGGAGGGAGUGUCAUGGUGUGGGACGGGAUCAGUUAUCACCGAACAGCACUCCAUGUUUGCCGUGGUAGAAUGA